GCUUGGUGGCCAUAUAUGAAGAAGCCGUCGUCCCGCUGAUCGACUACGUCGUUGUUUGAGUUCCAAGAUAACUUGUAUCCAGUCUCACUACCCACCGGCAUCGUUUCCUCUCUUAAUUUGAAGACGGGGGCCUGAGAAAUGAAUGCGCCGGCAAUAUAGCUAGACAGGUCGUCACACGUAUAGCGUCCUUUCAGUAUGGUUGGCGUGCCUGGAAAAUAUAAAGGCUGUAAUACUUGUCGGGCUCGUAGAGUCAAGUGCGACAACACCAGGCCGUUUUGCAAAAAAUGUACAGACUACGGGAGAGCGUGUUCUGGAUACGAGCGAGAAACUGUAUUUAUCGUUGGCACCCAGGACGACAAGGGCCGAGUGGGAAGUCACCCUCCACGUAAUGUCCAGCAAUCGAGAAUCUCUCAGUCUACAGCCAGCGCUCAGCAUGCGGCCAGUCUCAGUUUUGUAGCAGCCGAGCCGUUCCAGCCAGCAUGGCACGAGACUAUAGCCAUACAAUCCGGAGCAGAUUCGCAUCUCAUUCGCAUAGUUGCGCAACACGCAGACCUUGUCUCCGCUAUCAAGCAAGGUAGCUCGCCGCCGCAGAAUUACGAUGUAAUGUUGUCGUUGCUCGAUACCCAGCCUCUCGAUGUCACGCCAACAUUUCGAGAGGAAAACUUCUACCUAAAAUCGAUGUGCUUUGUCAGUUUGGGAGAAGCCGGUGAUGGUUCGACUGCCAGUUCCGGAGAAGGCGUAUGCUUAUUUUUAUACCAGCAAAAUUCGUCGACAAUGUAUGCUAACGAGCUCCCCCGCAAUGCCUCGUCAGAACUAGCAGAUGAGGUACGGGAGCUAGGUCCUGCCGCAUAUCAGGCCUUCCCGGCACAUCAUUUCUUCGCGCGCGUCUACAGGCCAAGCGCUGUUUGGGCCGCAUUGCUUAAUCGCCAGCCAACUUUCUUAUGCAAUCCUGAGUGGACAGUCGUGCCAUGGGAACAUUAUCCUCGGACUUGUCUCGACGAUUUAUUAGACGUUGCCGUUCUUUUACCCUCAAUAUAUUCGCGAGCCGAUCAUACUAUGCUCUCCGAAGCCAACAGCAAUCGCAGACUCAUAGCGAGAGAGCUGUUAGAUAAUUGCGUGAAUAUUCAGACGCAAUUCGACAUAUGGGCUGAUGUUGUGCGGCAAAAGACUAGAUUGCCGUACUGGGUCGGUGACGGUAGCUCCUAUGUGCCAUUCAAUGAGCCCUUGAGCUUUGCAAGUCCCUUGCUGUGCCUCGCGCACGUCUAUUAUUGGGCGGUCCUCAUAGGCUUUCACCAAUGUGUCUAUGCACUCCUCCAAGUCACUAACAAACCAGAAAACGAGGUUGCAAGUCCGGGGAUAACCGGCGACAUGCCUCCGGCUCUCGAUCCACGACUUUACCAGCCAACCGAGACCAGGAAAUUGGCAGCCCUGGCGUGUCGGAGCCUGGACUUCGCACUCCGGACUAUAUCACAACCUGACCUGUUGAUAGCUCCGACCUGGAUCAUCAAAGACUUCUUCAGUCGCAUGAACGUCGUCGGACUCUGCGAAUUAGAAAGCUUGUGGAUCAACGAGUUCAACGACAGGCUUGAGACUCGCUGUCGUGAGAUGAAUGCCUGGUUAGAGGACAAGCGAUGGACUAUGAUUAGGCGAUUUGACUAGGUUACUAAUGUGACUGGAAAGAGCCAAACCAUGUAAUACAACAUUUUCUUCCGUGUAUAACAAAAGAUCAUGUACAUUUUAAUAAACAAAAGAAAAUGGAUAAGCAGCUGGUACUGCAAAUAUUCAUUAUGAUUUUAUAUCUGCUUCUGAUCGAAAACUAC